GGAAGAUCUGAGCAGGAUUGUCCAUUGAGCAUGCGCCUCUAACACCACAGUCAUCGCACAGCGGAGGUGUUCACGGGUCUUCCUUCUCUCCACGCUUCCCGGACGUUGCGAACAUGCAGGAUUCGACGAUCUCCGAGCGUUUGGUUCACGUGUGGUAAUUCAACGUGGUCAGCGAACGGCGUCAUGGUCGGACAGGAACCUGUGCAUAGACUCCGUUCGAAGCAUUCGAGAAGCCGGACGGGCUGUCUACCGUGUAAGGCGCGCCAUAUUCGGUGCGACGAGCAACGCCCGCACUGUGCCAAUUGCACCAAUGCCCGUAGAGCAUGCAAGUAUUCCCCUCUUGGUCUGAUAGUAAAGACGACUGCGACGAAGACGAGGCUCCCGGGAGUCGAGGCCCCCUGGCAGCUCACACCGGAGCUCUCUGCUUCCACGUUGGACCCGUUCGACACGCUGCCCAUUGAUAUGCCGUUUAGGUCGGCCGAUCUGCUCAGGUUUUUUAUGCAGCACAAAGGCCCCAUCUGCAGCAUCGUUGCCCCGGACAGAUGGCUGGACUUUCUGUCCACUACGAAGAUCAACUCCUACAUUUGUCACAGUCUCCUUCUCAUCGCCGCUGCCUAUUAUCACAACCGUAAUGGUGGUCUGCGAGAAUACGAGCCUGCCUUUCUAUACCACAAGGUCAGGUGCAUCGAGAUUGUCAAUGGCUGGCUAGCUGAUGCUACGAUGAGACUGACGCCGCAAUGCAUGUCGCUGAUCAGCACUCUCGGCUCCGCCGAAGCGUGCACCGGUGAUUUUGCUGCUGCUGUCGAACAUCACCUCGCCGGCUUGGCGCAAAUCCUUGACCUGCGCGCCGAGCAUGGCGGGGACGAUGCUCUUCCCUCCCGCGAGAUGGACAACGAGAUGUCCCAAAGAUACAUCAUGAUGUCAUAUCUGACAAUGGCCGUUAUAAAGAGCAGCAGAACUGUCUUCCAGACGUCAGACGACAUGCUCGCGCGCUAUCUGGCCAGUGGUAUGGACUCCUGUGCAGCAGACCAAGGUAGGCACGAGAUCGACUAUCUUCGGCUGGCGCCGUACUUUUUUGCAAUUUCGGCCAUCACGCAGUCCAAUCUCGUGGACGCGCGUGCGAUGAUCUCACGCCUGCGAUGGCUGGUAGCUCAGCACAGCGACACCGCCGAAGAAUGGUCCUUCGACGCAAUGGUGGCCUUGCUGCGCGACUACAAGAAGCUACACGUGCUGUCCGUCCAAUCACCUGUCCCUCAACCCAAUAAAACCGCGCCAUCUGUGCCAGUCUCGUGGGUCUCUCUCGUCGCAGCAACGUGCUUCUUUGUAUACGGCGUGCUUCGUCCCUCCCAUGGAGACGUCCCACUGGACCUCCGACUCACGCUCCAGCUGGCCCGCGGCCUGGCGUCGGAGCUUGACGCCAUCUUAAUCAACCCUGCAUCUCACGCGAACGCCACGGAUCUCUGGCUCUGGAUGGCGGUCUGCGCCGCGAUGGGCUUGCGCAGAAUGAGUCAAACAAGCGACCAUGAUGACAUCACAACCGCUAUGGUCAUCACGCAGCUGGAAUCGACCGCUCGUCGACAGCUGCGAGCGUUUGCUGAACUGGCCGGAUCGCCGCGCUGGCAAACCGGUAGAGACAUUUUGCGGAGCGUCGUCUGGCCACGACACUGUGCGGACGAACAGGCGAAGAUCAUAUGGGACGAGGCUUUUGCCGAGAACGCAACCCCUGCCCUGCCUCAUUGAUCGCGAUUACGCUAUCUGAAGGACUCUAUUUCCAUUAAACAUGAGCUUGUAUCAUUCUGCUUCUCGAACGCCGUCGGUACUAGCUCUUCCGAAGCAUUCUAUACAAUAUGACGGCAUGCUCGUUUACAAUCUUAGCUCCAACGUCUGCGCGAGAUCCUGUCGACCUCAGCCAUGCUGCGUACUGUAUCUGAAACCUAAUCCUUCUUGGUCCGCUCCGUCCAGAUUAAUCGCAACUCGGCGUUGCUCAUCGUGAACACGUCCUUGCUCUCAGUCAACAGCUUGGUUCCGUCCUCGCCAGGUGCAAACGCCACAUCGAAUUCCAGCACCAUCUUCGUGACAACAGUCCUGAGCUCGUUGAGCGCAAACUGCUUGCCGAUGCAACUGAACUUGCCAAUCGAAAACGGGAAGAAGGCGUUCUUGUUCAAGAUCAACUCGGGCUUAGUGGUCCAGCGCUCGGGAAUGAACUCGUUCGGCUUGACGAAUGCUCGUGGAGCUGUUGGUCUGCGUUAGUCCUAAUUUCAAACGGAAGAAAGUAAAGAUUUGUAUGUCGCUCACAUCGCUGGAUCGUGUAGUGAGGCCCAAUGAUCUGGACUCCGCCUGGAAGGUGCUGUCCAUUUAUGACGACGCCAUCGCGAGGGGUAAGCCGGCUCACUCCUCCAGGCACAGGC